AUGAAGAUCAAGAAUCUUCCAGUUCGAUACCUAAUCGUGCUCCUAACCUUCAUCUGCACCUCAGUUUGUUACAUCGAACGCGUCGGCUUCUCAAUCGCUUACACCGUCGCCGCCGACGCCGCCGGAGUUAACCAAUCAACAAAAGGUACAAUUCUCUCAACGUUUUACUACGGUUACGCUUUCUCACAAGUUCCCGGCGGUUACUUUGCUCAGAAAAUCGGUGGAAGAAAAGUUCUUUUACUUUCGUUUCUAUUAUGGUCUUCAACGUGUGCGAUUCUCCCUCUAGAUCCAAACAGAACCCUAAUUCUUGUUACCGCGCGUUUACUUGUUGGGGUUGCGCAAGGUUUUAUUUUUCCUUCGAUUCAUACUGUUUUAGCUCAGUGGGUUCCGCCUCAUGAAAGAUCUAGAUCCGUUUCGUUGACUACUUCUGGUAUGUAUCUUGGUGCUGCUCUUGGGAUGUUGUUUCUUCCCAGUUUGGUUAAGUUUAAAGGUCCUCAAUCUGUUUUUAUUGCUGAAGCGUUUUUGGGAUUCGUUUGGUCGUUUAUUUGGUUUAGAUAUGCUUCUGAUCCUAAGGCUUCGGCUUCGGGGGCCGGGGAAUCGCUUUUGCCGGUUAAUAAGAAACUCGAUAGGAAGGUUUCGGAUCGAACUGUGGAAACUGGAGUUGAGAGAAAUGGUGUUAAGAAAACCGGAGUUGGGAUUCCUUGGGGGAGGAUUAUGACUAGUUUACCUGUUUGGGCUAUUGUGGUUAAUAAUUUUACUUUUCAUUAUGCUUUGUAUGUGUUGAUGAAUUGGUUGCCCACUUAUUUUGAAUUAGGGCUUAAGCUUAGUCUUCAUGAAAUGGGUUCGUCGAAAAUGUUGCCUUAUCUUAAUAUGUUUGUGUUCUCGAAUAUUGGUGGUGUGGUUGCGGAUUAUUUGAUUACGAGGAGGAUAAUGUCUGUGACUAGGACGAGGAAGUUUUUGAAUACGGUUGGGUUUUUAGUUGCUUCGUUUGCGUUAGUUGUGAUACCGAGUUUUAGAACUUCGGCUGGUGCUGUGUUUUGUUCUUCGGUGGCUCUUGGUUUUUUGGCGCUUGGUAGGGCUGGGUUUGCGGUGAAUCAUAUGGAUAUUGCUCCGAGGUACGCAGGAAUUGUGAUGGGUGUUUCAAAUACGGCUGGUACGUUGGCUGGUAUUGUUGGUGUUGAUCUUACGGGGAAACUGCUUGAAGCCGCUAAGGCGUCUGAUUUGGAUCUUUCGAGUCCGGAAAGUUGGAGGGCAGUGUUUUUGAUUCCGGGACUUUUGUGUGUUUUUAGUUCUGUAAUAUUCGCGUUGUUUUCUACUGGGGAGAGGAUUUUUGAUUGA